AACCAUUUUAUUUUACAUUUUAUUUGGCUGUGUUGUGUCGUGAGGUAUAGACGCGUAAUAUUGUAGUGCAGUGAAGUGAAUUUUCCCAAAUAAUUACAUGGCUUCAAGUCAGUGAUAGUUUAAUAUCGCCAUGUCUGAUUCGGAGGGCAGUAAUUACUCUGGGAGCGGUUCGGACGCUGGUAGCGUGGUGUCGAACCGUUCCAGGCGGAGUGCCGCGUCAAAUAGGUCUGCGAGGUCUCGCUCGGUGUCCCGUUCUCGGUCCCGCUCAGGGAGCCGCACACCGAGCCGGAGCCCAAGCCGCUCACGCUCCCGUUCCCGGUCGCCUUCGCGUUCACGAUCGCGCUCACGCUCGAGGAGUCGGUCUGCUGGGUCUGGAGGCAGCCGUAACCGAGAUAACGAGGCAAAGGAAGCCUCUGGUGAUGAAGAAGUUGAGGAUGAGGAAGAGCCAGAAGGUGAGGAUCUGGUGGACUCGGAAGAGUAUGACGAGGAUGAAGAAGAGGCACGGCACAGGAAGAAACGGAAAAAGGACAGUCGUUAUGGAGGAUUCAUCAUUGAUGAGGCUGAGGUAGAUGACGAAGUUGAAGAAGAUGACGAAUGGGAAGAGGGUGCCCAAGAGAUGGGCAUCGUCGGCAACGAGGUGGACGAGAUGGGGCCCACGGCCCGAGAGAUAGAAGGCAGACGCAGAGGCACCAACCUCUGGGACACGCAGAAGGCCGAGAAGAUAGAGGAGUACUUCCGGAACAAGUAUGCUGAUGAAUCUGUAGCGUUAAGGCACUUCGGUGAAGGUGGCGAGGAAAUGUCAGAUGAAAUCACACAGCAAACUCUCUUACCAGGCAUUAAGGACCCUAAUCUAUGGAUGGUCAAAUGCAGAAUUGGAGAGGAAAAGGCUACAGUGCUACUUUUAAUGAGAAAGUUCAUUGCUUAUCAGUUUUCUGAAGAACCAUUCCAAAUUAAAUCUGUUGUCGCUCCAGAAGGCGUUAAAGGGUAUAUUUACAUUGAGGCGUACAAGCAAACUCAUGUCAAAGCACUUAUUAACAAUGUGGGGACACUUAGGUUGGGUAUUUGGAAGCAGGACAUGGUUCCUAUUAAGGAAAUGACAGAUGUUUUGAGAGUAGUGAAGGAACAGUCUGGAUUGAAAUCCAAGCAAUGGGUGAGGCUGAAGAGAGGUUUAUACAAAGAUGAUAUAGCUCAGGUGGACUAUGUGGAUCUGGCUCAAAACCAAGUUCAUCUCAAACUGCUUCCUAGAAUAGACUACACGAGAUUGAGAGGUGCUUUAAGAACAGUACAGAGCGAGAGUGAAGCAGCAAAACGGAAGAAGAAGAAGCGCCCCGCUGCCAAACCAUUCGACCCCGAAGCCAUUAGAGCUAUUGGUGGUGAAGUCACGUCUGAUGGUGACUUCUUACUCUUUGAAGGCAACAGAUACUCUCGAAAAGGCUUCCUGUAUAAAAACUUUACAAUGUCAGCCAUAUUGGCUGAAGGUGUUAAACCGACUUUGAUGGAAUUGGAAAGAUUUGAAGAGCAGCCAGAAGGGAUAGAUAUUGAGUUAGCAGCUCCCGCCAAAGAUGAUCCGACAAGUCUGCACUCUUUCUCUAUGGGUGACAAUGUCGAAGUGUGCUCUGGUGAUCUGGCUAACCUGCAGGCUAGGAUUAUAGCUAUAGACGGCUCAAUGAUCACGGUCAUGCCUAAACACGACGCUUUGAAAGACCCUCUCGUCUUCAAACCUAAUGAGUUAAGGAAGUACUUUAAGCAGGGUGACCAUGUAAAGGUUUUAGCUGGUCGAUAUGAAGGCGACACUGGUCUUAUAGUAAGAGUAGAACCUCACAGAGUUGUAUUAGUCUCGGAUUUGACUAUGCAUGAGCUGGAAGUGUUACCCAGAGAUCUCCAACUAUGCUCAGACAUGGCGACCGGUGUAGAUUCCCUUGGGCAGUUCCAAUGGGGCGAUAUGGUCCAAUUAGAUCCACAGACCGUUGGAGUCAUAGUUCGACUGGAAAAGGAGAAUUUCCACGUGCUAGGCAUGCAAGGGAAAGUGAUCGAAUGUAAGCCUCAAGCUUUGCAGAAACGACGCGAGAAUCGCUUCACAAAAGCGUUAGAUUCCGAGCAGAAUACGAUACAGAAGAAAGACAUAGUAAAAGUUAUCGACGGACCACACGCAGGUCGCAAUGGAGAGAUAAAACAUCUGUACAGAAACUUCGCUUUUCUGCAGUCGAGAAUGUACCUAGAUAACGGUGGUAUAUUCGUGUGUAAGACUCGACAUCUUCAGCUAGCCGGCGGUAACAAAAAUCCAUCAGCUACUAACCAAUUAUCGCUCGGGUUUAUGUCUCCUCGUAUUCAGUCUCCGAUGCAUCCGUCCGGCAGAGGUGGCGCUACGCCGAGAGGCAGAGGUCGCGGGGCAGGUCGAGGCGGAGGCGUCACUAGAGACAGAGAACUCAUCGGACAAACCAUCAAAAUCACCGGAGGACCGUACAAAGGCAACGUCGGUAUCGUCAAAGACGCCACAGGCAGCACGGCCAGAGUCGAGCUACACUCCGCCUGCCAAACCAUCUCAGUCGACCGGAGUCACAUCGCGAACGUCGGAGCUCCUUCCAAGGACGGGUCCUCGUCGUUCUACAGCCGGACCCCCGGGCGCACGCCGACGGCCGCGGGCGCGGCCACGCCCACGUACCGCGACACGGGGCUCAAGACCCCCAUGCACGGCUCGCAGACGCCCAUAUACGACGUGGGGAACCGCACGCCGCACUACGGCUCGGCCACGCCGUCGCACGACGGCUCGCGCACGCCGGCGCACGGCGCCUGGGACCCGGCGGCGGCCGCCACGCCGGCGCGGACCGACUUCGACUACGGGCUGGACGAGUCGCCCGCCGCCUACCCCGCGCCCUACGCGGCCGGCCCCUUCACGCCGCAGACGCCGGGCACGAUGUACGGCUCGGACCACAGCUACAGCCCGUACCAGCCGUCGCCGUCGCCGGCGGGCUACGCGGCCGGCUACCUGGGCACGCCGUCGCCGGCCGGCUACUCGCCGCGCAGCCCCUUCGCCGGCGAGGCGGCCGGCGACUGGCACACCACGGAGGUGGAAGUCCGGAUCCGCGGGUCGGAAGACGACGGGCUGGCCGGGCUGGCGGGGCAGACGGGCGUGGUGCGCGGGCUGUCGGGCGCCAUGUGCGCCGUGUACCUGCCGCGCGAGGACCGCGUGGUCAACGUGCCCGGCGCGCUGCUGGAGCCCGUCGUGCCCGCGUCCGGGGAGCGAGUCAAGGUACGCCGUACGCCGUCAUCUGGCACGAGUCGUUAUGCCGUGUACCUGCCGCGCGAGGACCGCGUGGUCAACGUGCCCGGCGCGCUGCUGGAGCCCGUCGUGCCCGCGUCCGGGGAGCGAGUCAAGGUACGCCGUACGCCGUCAUCUGGCACGAGUCGUUAUGCCGUGUACCUGCCGCGCGAGGACCGCGUGGUCAACGUGCCCGGCGCGCUGCUGGAGCCCGUCGUGCCCGCGUCCGGGGAGCGAGUCAAGGUGGUGGCCGGCGAAGAGCGCGAAGCCGUCGGGCAGCUCAUCAGUAUCGAGAACCAGGAAGGCGUGGUCAAGUUCGGCACCGACGACAUCAAGAUCAUGCAGCUUCGCCAUCUUUGCAAGAUGAGCACCGCGUAAACACCCUGUAUAUCUUCAGGACACCCUGUAUAACUCUGUUGAGAACCUGACAUACGCCCUGUAUCAGUCUAUGGAGUGUGGAAUUAAGAGGAGUGCCAUCUCUUAUGGUAGAACUGUUGCAAGUGUCCAGCUGUCAGCUAUAAAUAAUAGUUCCAAAUCUCUCCAGAGUAGCGCUAGAGUAGCUAAAAACCUAGGCGUUAUUGACGGAGUGAAGUGCGCUGUCUAUUAUUUGAUUUUUUUGUUCAAGUAUUCUAGGUAUUGUAGCGCCACCUAUUUAAGGUUUUUUGAUGACACUUUUUGGUACAUGGAGAUUUAUUUCCUUACCUCCACCUUCCGUAUAUCAGUCGACAGAAUUAUCGAAUGAAGCCUGCAUAUUUCAGCGACCAUAGAAACACGAUUGAUAAGACACCUUGUAUGAUUAUUCCAAGGGCUACCCUUUCACAAAGGUAUUAGACUAAUAUUAUUAGUCCACGAACUGUCAAGUCGUAUGGGUUACCAUGGCAACGGACUAAUUAUAUUAGACCAGUACCGUUCGAGAAAUGGUCUUCUGAUGUGUCCCGCCCAAUUCCACUUGAGCUUGGCGGCCUUUCCACCCACAUAUUAUACCAGUUUUGGAGCGCAGUGUGUUUCCUAUCGGUUCUGCGGACUCCGAGUAUGCUGCGCUCCGUUGCUCGCUGGCAAAUCAUGUAUACUAUGUUGACUAAAUUAAUGCAGACAUUGAAUAUGCUUUUUAGAAUCCGCUCUGGUAAGGAAAUCCGUUCUUGUUAAGAGCCAUCUUAUUUCGUUGGUUACAAAAAGCUUAGAUAGAAAAUGCUGAUAUGUCUAAGGAACUUUUAUGAAAUAAGUAAUUAAUGUAAUUAAUUCAUUUCCAUCAUUCUUCACAUCUUUAGUUAAUCUAUUGAUAGACUUGUAUUCCAAUGGGUUCCCCCAUUAUUAUAUUUUAUCCACGUCAACUCAUUUUACACAUUGUUACAAACACACUUCUUGAACCAAGAUGUCAUAUAUACGGGGUAUAUAUCCAAGUCUCAUCUAUAUUUAUGCGAGGUGAAAUAUACAGGUCAUACUGAGAAACUUUUACUAUGGGACCAACCCAAAAAAAACGCAAAAAAAAAUCUGUUACAUACACUUUUAGAACCAUAGAUUUUUUUAAAUAUUUCUUGUUUAGUCCCAUAUUAAAUUUGCUUAGUAUGACCAAUAUUUACCUUGUUGAGGGUUGAAAAAAACCUGUACAUAAAAAAUCCGUACAUAGUGUAACGCUGCUUCCUUCACAUUCACACGCCGGAGCGACAUGCCCAUCCGCAUAAGGGCUCAUUUUAACGGCGCGCGAACUCAUGCGAUUUUGCAUGACGACAUCCAAUACGCUGACCUCGCAUGCGAGUUCUGGCAUCGUCUAAAUGAGCCUUAAGUGUGAUAGCCACGUCACACCGGAAUUAUGAGACCAAAUGAAAGUUCGACAAAGACUUUUAUAGUCCGAUUAUAAUUUAUCACCAAGGGACAUGACGUCAGCAUCGUCAUUGUUCUAAGCUCAAACAUCCGUGAAGAAGUUAUGAAAUUAAAAUUUUAUUUAUUUACUGAAUAAAUGAUAGACAUCAAA